CGCUUUAAAACUUUACAUUUCUAAAAAAUCGAACAAUGAAUUCUCUUGUAUAUUUUGCUAAUUUCACUUUCUUAUUUUUUCAUUAAAAAAAAUUAUUCAUGAUUUCCUUUCAAGUGUUUGUGUUUUUUAAACAAGUUUUCGAGUGAUUGUUUAUAAACACCUCAGAGUAUAAAAAGUGGAAAGAAAUUUUCUUCCGUUCUCAAGAUUUCUCCUCCACAGCUACAUCACCGAUUUGUGGGGAAAUCCGUCGGAACCAUGAGUUACCAAAUGGCAUCAAAUCAAUCCCGACCCAUGUCGCAUGGAAGUUAUCAGGGUCCUGGGGACCUUCCCAUGGGAUCUGCUAAGGAACAAACACUUAUGUGGCAGCAGAAUUCAUACAUGGGUGAUUCCGGUAUUCAUUCGGGAGCCGCCACUCAGGCGCCUUCCCUUUCUGGAAAGGAAGAUGAAGAAAUGGAAGGAGAUCAGCUGAUGUUCGAUCUUGAUCAAGGCUUCGCACAAGGAUUCACUCAAGAUCAAGUAGAUGAAAUGAACUCUCAACUGAGUCAUACUCGCUCUCAGCGAGUACGAGCUGCCAUGUUUCCCGAAACGCUUGAGGAGGGAAUCGAAAUUCCAUCGACACAAUUUGAUCCAGCUCAGCCGACUGCAGUUCAACGAUUGGCGGAGCCAAGUCAAAUGUUGAAACACGCUGUGGUUAAUCUCAUCAACUAUCAAGAUGACGCGGAACUUGCAACUCGCGCUAUUCCCGAAUUGAUCAAACUGUUGAACGAUGAAGAUCAAGUCGUUGUCUCUCAAGCGGCAAUGAUGGUCCAUCAACUCUCAAAGAAGGAGGCUUCACGUCACGCCAUAAUGAACAGCUCUCAAAUGGUGGCCGCUUUAAUUCGCGCCAUUUCCAACAGCGACGAUCUCGAGUCGACCAAGGCUGCAGUUGGCACUCUGCACAAUUUGUCACAUCACAGACAAGGUUUAUUGGCAAUUUUCAAAAGUGGCGGUAUUCCAGCGCUCGUCAAGCUACUCAGCUCUCCCAUGGAGUCAGUUCUAUUCUACGCCAUCACAACUCUUCACAAUCUUCUCCUUCAUCAAGAGGGAUCAAAAAUGGCUGUUCGGCUCGCUGGGGGCCUGCAAAAAAUGGUCGCUCUUCUGCAGCGAAACAACGUUAAAUUCUUGGCAAUUGUCACCGAUUGCCUGCAGAUUCUUGCUUAUGGAAAUCAGGAGAGCAAACUCAUUAUUCUCGCUUCGCAGGGACCGAUCGAAUUGGUCAGAAUUAUGCGUUCGUAUGAUUAUGAGAAGCUCCUGUGGACAACAUCAAGAGUUCUUAAAGUUCUUUCAGUUUGCUCGAGCAAUAAGCCAGCGAUUGUUGAGGCCGGAGGAAUGCAAGCAUUGGCUAUGCAUCUUGGUAAUCCGAGUCAGAGGCUAGUGCAAAACUGCCUUUGGACUCUCAGAAAUUUAUCAGACGCUGGAACUAAAGUUGAUGGUUUGGGAGUUUUGCUUCAAGGACUGGUACAAGUACUUGGAUCUAGCGAUGUUAAUGUCGUCACAUGUGCCGCUGGCAUCCUCUCCAAUCUCACUUGCAACAAUCAUCGCAACAAGGAAACGGUUUGUCAAGUUGGAGGAGUUGAUGCUCUUGUACGCACAAUUGUGAAUGCAGGAGACAGAGAAGAAAUUACGGAGCCAGCUGUUUGUGCUCUCCGUCAUUUGACUUCUCGUCAUCAAGAGGCAGAAAUGGCACAAAAUGCAGUGCGCAUAAAUUACGGUAUCCAAGUUAUUGUAAAACUUCUUCAGCCUCCUUCUCGAUGGCCAUUAGUGAAGGCGGUUAUUGGUCUCAUUCGGAAUUUGGCUCUAUGUUCUGCAAAUCAUGCUCCACUUCGCGAACACGGAGCUAUUCAUCAUCUCAUCAGACUUCUCAUGCGAGCGUAUCAGGAUACUCAAAGGCAACGAUCAUCUGUAGCUAGUGCUGGAAGUCAAUCGACACCUGGAGCCUACGCCGAUGGGGUAAGAAUGGAGGAAAUUGUUGAAGGAACUGUCGGAGCUCUUCACAUUCUUGCUAGAGAAUCACACAAUAGAAGUGUUAUUCGAUCUCAAACUGUCAUUCCAAUAUUUGUUCAGUUAUUGUUCAAUGAGAUUGAAAACAUCCAGCGCGUGGCAGCCGGAGUAUUAUGUGAAUUGGCAGCAGAUAAGGAAGGUGCAGAAAUGAUUGAGCAGGAAGGUGCAACAGCGCCUUUAACUGAACUUCUUCAUUCGAGAAAUGAAGGCGUUGCCACAUACGCUGCGGCAGUUUUAUUCCGCAUGUCCGAAGAUAAGCCGCAAGAUUAUAAGAAAAGACUCUCCAUGGAAUUAACUAAUUCACUGCUCCGUGAAGAUCCCAAUUUAUGGAAUGGCGGUGACUUUGGAAUGGCUCCUGAUUUACAGGACAUUCUUGGACCUGAUCAACCGUAUGACGGUAUGUAUGGACAAGGACCUCCAAGUGUUCACAGCAGUCAUGGCGGACGAAACUAUCAACAACAAGGUUAUGACCAGAUACCAAUAGAUUCAAUGCAAGGAUUAGAGAUAGGCGGCGGUUCUACUUAUGGUGCGAUGGACACUAUGGAUGUGGCACCAGAAGGUGAUCUAAGUUUCGAUCAUCUUGAAGAGCUUCCAGCACCACCUCAAGAUAACAACCAGGUAGCAGCCUGGUAUGACACUGAUCUUUAAAAACCAACCAUUCUCUCUCUAUGUAGGAGGAAGGACACUCUGUGGAUUUGUCUCGAAAUUUUAGUUGACCAUUUUAUUAUCAAUGGUCUUUUUUUUAAGUGCGAUUCUGUUUUUACUUCAAACCGCGCCUUAUAUUCUUUCAAUUUUUUAUUAUAUAAAAAAAGUAGUUUUUACGAAUCCGCAUGAAAUUCUCAACAGUAGUAGUUUCUUUGCACUGUUGUUGAAUGAAUGAAUUUUUAGAUUAAAGAAACAAUUUCUUUUGAGCAGAGAUAGGUAACACGACUGCUCCAUAGCGAUCUAUACUCGCUUAUUCAAUACCAAUCCCGUAGUCUAGAGACUAAAAAAAUAAUAUUAUGAUAAAUAAUUGAAAAAAAAGAGGAUUGAGUAUAAGUUAGUUUCCAAAGCCAUUGUUUGGAUCGAAUAGUACAAUGGCAAGUACUUUUGUACGCUGUGCAUUUCUAGAAAUGUAAAUCCUGCAAUAUCUUUGCGAUCAAAUGAAUACAAUUUUGUACCUUCUUUUUUUACAUGAGUUUUGAAUUGUUAAUACACUCGCGUUAUAGUUAAUAUAACACGAAAAAUAUUGUAGUUUUUAACAAAAAAAAAAAAACUAACGGACAGGGUCGAAAAGAUUCUAAAUACGAAGGCUGCUAUAUUUCGUAUUUAACGAACAUUUCAGUAUUUUAUUUAAAGUAUCAUCGCAAUCGUGCGUAGAUCUGUCAUUAAGAAAAUAUUUUAUACCGCGAACGAGUGACAAAGUUUUAAGUAGAAAUUUUAUCGGCACCUAUGUGAAAAAUUUGAUCUUUUAGAUUAUAUAUAUAUUUACAUAUAUAUAGUUAACAUUGCGUUAGGGACCAUUUCUUUUGAUUCAUCGACCAGAAAUUUUUAAAUUUAUUUAAAUAAUAGAAAGUAUGUAGCACAAAUAAUGUAAAGUGAGGAGUUGAUUUGAUUUGUCCGAUUCGAAUCAAAUCUAAUUUGUUUGUAUUUCUCAGAUUGACUCCCAUCGGACUUAUCAAUCACUCCUUGACUUUUGAAAAUUAUUAUUUUUAUUAUUAUUAUUAUCAUUAUUAUUAUACAUAUAUUAUUAUUAUUAUUAUAUUAUUAUUAUUAUUAUUAUUAUAUAUUAUACCUUAUAAAUUUUUUAUCAAUAUUAUAAUUAUACAUAUAUUAUUAUCGAUAUACUAACAUUUAUAAGCCUUACUAACCAGAAGUACUACUUAGGCUAAAGUGUUCUGUAUUACAUAAGUAGGAAAAAAUUCACUUUGGUAUUGCGAUCUCGACUUCAAACUCUGACUGAUCGACUUCUUUAAAAAACAAAUUCCGAUAUUUUCCCAAAAAAAUAGAAGAGCACUCGUUUUAAAAACAAAAAUUUUUCAGAUUAAAUUUAUAAAAUUAUUCAAUAUUAAAAAAUCAACGGCUUUCUGAAAAAAAGUAUUAUAAUUGUUAUUUUAUAAAUUGUAAUCGUGCAAUAAUAAUUCAUUUUGUGCUUUGCUUAAUUAUGAGAAGUAUCAUCUUCUCAGGAAGUGAAAGACGAGUGAAAUCCCGAUCCAUUUCACAUUGCUUCCCUUGAAACGUUGAUGUCAUUCGAAUAUUGAUGAAAUACAAUCAUAUACGUGUAGGCAUAACGAUAUCAUUGAAACUCUGCAUUAUGCAUUAUACAGGGUAGUAACACUUAAUUUUUAUUAUCUAAUAUCGUAGCUGCGACGGUAUUAGCCAUUCAUUAAUGUUAUGAAUUGGUCGACCGUUUCGCACGUUGUCGAUGUGUUAGAUUUAAGUGAGAGACGUAAUUCGUACAUAUGUACUAUGUAUUGUUUAAUUGUCUAUACAAAUAAAGUAAGUAAAUAAGUAAUUGAA